GGGAGGUGUCUGGCCAUGGGGCGAGUGGCGGCAGCUGGGGCCCUGCUGGCGGCACUGUUGAUGCUGGGAGCCCCCCCGGCUGCGGGCGCGGAGCUCUCAGGAGUGUUCCAGGAGAUGGUUCAGUCCGAGUGUCACUUCAUUAAUGGCACCGAGCGGGUGAGGUUUGUGAAGAGGUUCAUCUACAACCGGGAGCAGUACGUGCACUUCGACAGCGAUCUGGGGCACUUUGUGGGGGACACCCCAUAUGGGGAGGAGGUUGCCAGGUACUGGAACAGCGACCCGGAAUGGAUGGAGCACAGACGGGCAGCGGUGGACAGGCACUGCCGGCACAACUACGAGCUGUCCACCCCGUUCCUCGUGGAGCGCCGAGUGCCCCCCACCGUGUCCAUCUCAUUGGUGCCCUCGAGCUCCCAGCCCUGCCCUGGCCGCCUGCUCUGCUCCGUGAUGGAUUUCUACCCUGCCCACAUCCAGGUGAGGUGGUUCCAGGGCCAGCAGGAGCUCUCGGAGCACGUGGUGGCCACCGACGUGGUCCCCAACGGGGACUGGACCUACCAGCUGCUGGUGCUGCUGGAAACCGCCCCCCAGCACGGGCUCACCUACACCUGCCAGGUGGAGCACGUCAGCCUGGAGCACCCGCUGAGCCGGCACCGGGGUAUGGCCCAGCUCCCACAGCGCUGGGGGAGGGGGAGUGGGACUGGGCUUAACUGAGAGGGGAGUUGGUGGUAGCUGGCAAUAAUUGGGAGGGAGUUUGAGGGAGGCAGAGGGUAACUGGGAGAAGGGUUUGGAUGGCCUGGGAGGGCAGAGAAGAGUUUUGGAGGAUGCUGGGAAGAUUGGGAUGCAGUUUAGGGUUUCCAGGUGGCUUCUGAGAGGGAACAUCCUGGUGGUGCUGGAUGUAACUGGAAGGGAGUCUGAUGAAGCUGGAGGGGCUGGAAGCAGGGUGGGGAUGUAAAAACAGGGCUGGGAUGGGAGUGAGUGUGCUUCAAUCUACUGGCAGUGAUGUUGGUGAGCCCUGGUGGGACUAGGAAAAGGUUUGGGGGAUCGUUGGAACAUGGGUGUCAACUGGGAGGGGGUUUGGGGUCCUGGAGGGAUGGGGAGGGGACUUGGGUGGUACUAGGGAGGUUGGAUGGGGAUAGGAAAGAGGUCUUGUGGUCUUGGGUGGGCUGGAGGGUGUUUGGAGGGGUUUGGGGUAUCUGUGAGAGGUUUUGGGGGGUCCUGAGCUCUCCGGACCCCACAGAGAUGCUGCUGGACACCACCCGCAGCAAGAUGCUGACCGGGAUCGGGGGCUUUGUCUUGGGCUUCGUCUUCCUGGUGCUGGGGCUUGGCUUCUAUCUGU